AUGUCUCAUGAAGAGCCACGUCCACUGUUUGAACGUGAGAGGGCCGUCCUGCGGAAAGAAGGGCGUCUGCAGGGAGGGAUUGGCGGAGGCCGUGCAGAAGAAGCUCCAGGCCGAAGUGGAGAAGGAACAGCAGGUGCCAAAAGCCUCAGUCAGAGUGGCAGUCUAUGUUCCCAUCAAAGGACCCACACAGGGGAGAAGCCAUAUAAAUGCAUGGAAUGUGGAGAAAGCCUCAGUCAGAGUGGCAGUCUAUGUUCCCAUCAAAAGACCCACACAGGGGAGAAGCCACAUAAAUGCAUGAAAUGUGGAGAAAGCCUCAGUCAGAGUGGCAGUCUACGUUCCCAUCAAAGGACCCACACAGGGGAGAAGCCAUAUAAAUGCAUGGAAUGUGGAGAAAGCCUCAGUCAGAGUGGCAGUCUAUGUUCCCAUCAAAGGACCCACACAGGGGAGAAGCCAUAUAAAUGCAUAGAAUGUGGAGAAAGCCUCAGUCAGAGUGGCAGUCUACGUUCCCAUCAAAGGACCCACACAGGGGAGAAGCCAUAUAAAUGCAUGGAAUGUGGAGAAAGCUUCAGCCGGAGUGACAGUCUACGUUCCCAUCAAAGGAAGCACACAGGGGAGAAGCCCUAUAAAUGCAUGGAAUGUGGAGAAAACUUCAGUCACAGUGGCAGUCUACGUUCCCAUCAAAAGAAGCACACAGGGGAGAAGCCACAUAAAUGCAUAGAAUGUGGAGAAAGCUUCAGUCGGAGAGACAAUCUACGUUCCCAUCAAAGGACCCACACAGGGGAGAAGCCAUAUAAAUGCAUAGAAUGUGGAGAAAGCUUCAGUCGGAGUGACAGUCUACGUUCCCAUCAAAGGACCCACACAGGUGAGAAGCCAUAUAAAUGCAUAGAAUGUGGAAAGAGUUUCAGUCAGAGUGGACAUCUACGUUCCCAUCAAAGGACCCACACAGGGGAGAAGCCACAUAAAUGCAUAGAACGUGGAAAGAGUUUCAGUCAGAGUGGACAUCUACGUUCUCAUCAAAGGACCCACACAGGGGAGAAGCCACAUAAAUGCAUGAAAUGUGGAGAAAGCUUCAGUCAGAGUGGCAGUCUACGUUCCCAUCAAAAGACCCACACAGGGGAGAAGCCACAUAAAUGCAUGAAAUGUGGAGAAAGCUUCAGUCAGAGUGGCAGUCUACGUUCCCAUCAAAGGACCCACACAGGGGAGAAGCCAUAUAAAUGCAUAGAAUGUGGAGAAAGCCUCAGUCAGAGUGGCAGUCUAUGUUCCCAUCAAAGGACCCACACAGAGGAGAAGUCACCUUAAUGCACGGAAUAGGAACAGAGCUUUAGAAAAAGUUCAGCAUACAGUAGAUAUCACAGAACUCAUGUACCUCUAGAGGAGACGGGCCUUUGAGUUUCCGAAUCUAUAAAAACACAUUGGAAGGAAAGAGGAAGGCCAGCACCUUGCUCUCUCUCCACCAUGAAUCGGAGUUUGUGUGGCCUUGGUUGACGGCUACUGGGAGCAGGUGUCACUCAGAAUGGCAGCAAGCUUGGAAGGGGUUCACCUAACCUCCUCCGCAAAGAGACCCAUCGCAGGCCUCUAGGAUGAUGUGUGAAGGUUUGCUGAAAUGAGCAGCAGCAGAGAUCUCUGGAUUAAAGGGUUCUGAAAAAGAAUAGCUCUUUGUUUGCAGAUAACGUCGUAUCUUCAUACUCCUGCCUUAUUUCUUGGCUCUUCUGCAUUCAAUGGCAUCAAUUGUUUCCCAUGCAUGUGUACUGUAUGUACUGUGAUCUGUCCUGAGUCCCUUGGUUGAAAUUUUGGGUGCUAGCCCUGAACUUUUAACCCUUUUCUGGACUUUGUUGUAUCCUGAAUCAUUGACUCUAAAUUCUGGACUGACGUCUAGGUUUCGUAUAUGGACUUGGACUUUGUUUGUAUCCCUGAUUUUCUGGCUUGACUUUGGGACUCUAAAUUCGGUUUGUACUCUUGAUUUCUUGGUUGUUGUUUUAUCAACUCAGCUGAAUGAACUCCUGGCAUGUGAUUGUUGGGACUGUGACCUUGGUUCUUGUUAAUUUUCACUCCUGACCUGUAUCUGCAGUACUCAACUUGUCCGCAAUAAUUGGACUCUUGACCUGCACUUGUAUUCAUUGUUCCUUCAACUGUGUUGCUCCAAUUAUUUUAGCUCAGUGGCUCCCAACCUUUUUUUAACUAGGGAUCAUUUGACAAGGGACCACUCUCCAAAAUUAGUACCAGAAGGGUUAUAAAUCAGUUUUUGGUCAACUUUAGAUUUGGUUUGGUUAUUUGGAGUGAUGAUUCAGAACAUUGCAUUGGAUAGACCACGUCAGCUCUCAUUCCUGAUAUGCCAUCCAGUUAGUCGUCAUCUGCUCGCCCACAGAAAACCAUAUUUAAUAAUCCUCAGGACUAUAAGAGGGUUUCGCGAGACCAGUCACUCUCAUUGUAAUGGUGUAGUAACUGUGAGGCUGUGAACCCUAUUUUAGUUCUUGCGGAUCACUGGUGGUCCAUGGACCCCAGGUUGGGAACCACUGUUUUAGCUGGACUGAAGACUUUAGUUUUCCUAUAAAAUAUGGUCUUGGCUUGUCUUGUGUUUGUUUAAUAAACCUCAGACUUUAUACCAAGAGAGCCCUGGAACAUGAGACCAUCAGCCUUGCUUUGUGUGUACUUAUCCCUGUGUAGAGUGAAACCCUUUCUGCAUAUGAGACUGUUCAAUCCCCACCUUUGGCAAAGGGUCCAUUAGGACACACAGUAUCCCUCCCCAACUGCAGAGAAUGGAAGACAAAAAAAUGACUACAACGACUGAUGAAGAUUCAUGAAUCCGUUGAGAUGGACAUAUUAACUACAUUGAUGAAGUAUAGAACCGCAUUGAAAGGAAAUAAGAGUAAAUAGAGAUACAAAUCAUAUAGUGAGUGAGUUUUGUAAAUUAGCGUUUGAUGUCAGUUAGUUUUGUUCUUAUUGUGCAAGGUGUGUGUCUUGUUCCCUUUAUAUUUGUUAAAUAGUCCUUUUUUAAAAAAAUGUACCAAAAUUAUUAUUUGUAUAAAAUAUUGUUUUUAAAUACCAAAAUUGUAAUUUGUGUAAACAUGCUUUGAUUUGUUUUUCUUCUUUAGUCUUUGAAUAAAUAUUGUUUUUUAAAAA